CGGUUCCCCCGCCCCGGAGUCCGGCCGCCACACGCCUCCGACACUCGGACCGAGACACCCGUCCCUUCCUCGUCGUCCCUGGCCGUGAAACCGCCCCCCCCCCCACGCCCCUAGUCCGCGCACACCAUGUCGGUCGCGCUCGGCAACAGGUUCCAAGGAGGGAAGGCAUUCGGCUUGCUCAAAGCCCGGCAGGAGAAGAGGCUGGCGGAGAUCAACCGGGAGUUCCUCUGUGACCAGAAGUUCAGCGAUGAAGAGAAUCUGCCAGAGAAGCUUGCAGCCUUCAAAGAGAAGUACAUGGAGUUUGACCUGAACAACGAAGGCGAGAUUGACCUGAUGUCUUUAAAGAGGAUGAUGGAGAAGCUGGGGGUCCCCAAGACCCACCUGGAGAUGAAGAAGAUGAUCUCAGAAGUGACAGGUGGCGUCAGUGACACCAUCUCCUACCGAGACUUUGUGAAUAUGAUGCUGGGCAAGCGGUCUGCUGUUCUCAAGUUAGUUAUGAUGUUUGAAGGAAAAGCCAAUGAGAGCAACCCCAAGCCAGUUGGCCCUCCUCCAGAGAGAGACAUCGCCAGCCUGCCCUGAGGACCCAUCUGGACUUCCCUGGCUCCCUUCCCUGUUCUUCCUCUUCCCUCUUGACUCACUGUGACUUGUCUUAUUUCAUCAUUGUGGGUUAAUUUGUUUUUCUUUUCACCCAUCUCUUUUCAAAAGCACAGGUUACCUGCCUUAUAGAGGCUCUGGGCUGGGGAACCCUGAAUCUCAGGUAUCCUUCCUCCCCGCUUCCUGUUGGUCCUGCCCUCCCUGUGCAGAGGGCUGACAUCAAACCAAAACCUGAAGAGGGCAAGGCUGGAGCACGGAGGCUGGAAGCCUGUAUUCCCAUGCCUGAAGAUGAUUUUAUGUAUACAUACAUACACACACACAAAUACACAUACGUAGUUUCUUCCUAGAAGGUUUCCAAGCUAAGUUCAGGCUGCAGGCUGGAACUUAGUGAAAACGACCCACUGUUAUAAGACCUUAAAUAGACAUUUGGCUGUAGGGUCUCUUUAGGGUUCUUCGGGCAGCUUUGUGUUGUCAUUGUUCCUGGGUAGUCCAGGACAGGGACCCUCUGCUAUCACUGAUCGUUUGUGGUCCACACCUCUACUCAUCCUCACUGACAUGAACACCAGGUGGGAAGGAGAGGGGGUCACUGGAGCCCUUCAAGAAGGACGGGGAGGAACUUCUGGCCUUGCUCUCUUGGCCAUAUCUUCUUCGCAGGCAGCUCAGAGGGAAGGUGGAGCACAACUGCCUCUGGUUCGGGCAGCAAAGGGCUUUGGAAGGUAGAGGGAGGGCCGAGGUCUCUGGGGAGGGGUCAGCUCAGUACAGUGCUACCUUCCAGUGAGGUUGCUGAGCCUUCAGGAUGGGAGAAACAGCUUGGCCUUCUGACUGCAAAAUGCUUGCACCCCAGCUACGCUGCCUCCAUUUGCCUUCCUUCCCUACACACUCAUUCAACAGAUAUUUAUUGAGAGCCUCUUACAAGCUUUAACUCUUCCUGCUCAGUCCCGACAUGUGCUGGGUCCAGCUCGUGUCUCUCUCUUCAAGUCGCUCAAGACCUGGAGUUUGGGGAUUGGACUGUCGCCCGUGGCCUUGCUUAUGGACUCGCAAGAUUUGAGAGCUCUGAUCCACCCUUGUAGCUCAAGCUGGGCCAGUCUUCUCAUUUCACUGUGCCAGCCCACAGCGUUGUUAAGUGCCUUGCCCAAGGCCAAGGGGUUUCAUCUGAAGAUGGAAGAGCCUAGACUGAAGACCCAGUGGUCAGGUGCCCUGCCCACUCCUCACCUCUGUUGUGGGCUGCCUUAGUCAAUGGGGAAAGGUAGAGAAGGCAUUCUCCUAACCCAGUACUCGAGAAAUGCUUUAUUCACUCGGAAGGCCCUCCCCAGGCCUGGCCUCCUCUGAAUCAGCCAGGCUUGCAUUGGCAGUUGGCUUCCCUAUGUCUUCUUGGCUGAGCUGCAGAGAGGGCUUCUUAUGCAGUCUGGUGUCAAACUUGACCCAUCUCACCUUGAGUGGGGACCUAGGCCUGGACCCUGCCUAUAUUCUUGAGUUCUGUUCCUUGUGACUCAGAACUCAAAUGCAUUCAUUUAUUCAUUCAUUGCACAUAUCUCUUAAGUACCUGCUAUACAGCAAAGAGUUCAGAACCCAGCAGUGAAAUGGUCAGACUCAUGUAAAUGUGGGUCUGCUGGGGUGUUAGACUCAGCCAAUGACAGUAAGGUGGAUGUCAGGAAGGGAGGGAUAUAGAAUAUCUAUAUCUGUACUCUUGGAAAUUCUAGUUGGGCUCAAGAAUUGUCAAGAGUUUUGGAGAAGCCUUUGUGAAAAGCGCAUGUGUCAAAGAUCAGGGGCUAUUGGGCCAUUGUGGACUUCUGGUGGCUCCUCAGUGCCCCACAGCCCAGCACCCAGGGUGUUUUCCCAUAGCAGCUUGAGAGAGCAAAGCAGGCUGGGCAUGACAUGGCCAGCUCAGGUUAAUCCUCUGGUCUCAACCAGUUCAGGAGCAAGAGUAUUUGGCUAUGACUGGCUGAUCUCAACUGUAAGAAGCUGCUGCUUGUGCACUGGCCUGGUUGAAAUUUAAACCCUAGUAACAUUCCUCACUGUAAAUAUAAAGCCCUACCUACCCAUAUCUCCUCCGCUGCCUUCUUUUCUGAGAUGUUUAGAUUAGCAAUUCCCUACUCCCACCCUAUCCCUCUGCCUUCUCUCUCUGGGCAGCCUGGGAUCUUAGACUGUCACAGUCAGCAAGCCCGAUCUUGGGAGAGAGAGGCAGAAGCAGCCAGGCUCUUUUCAAUGGGUUCCACUCACAGCUUAUGACAUUCUAGGCACCUCCACAAGGGAGGAGAGCAUGCUGGUGUGCCUCCAGCCUCUGGAGAUGGUCCUCUCAUGGCCUGAGCCGAGAACCUAUUAGUCCCUUUGCUGAUUCCUAGAACUCAGUCCCUGUGUAAGGGGUGCCUCAAGAAUGACUCUUGGAAGAGGGUUUCUAGGACUCUUCUCUAGCUAAGUGUUCAGCUUCUUAGGGCAUCAAGUGUCUUAUUUCUGAAAAAGACCAAGUCUAACUUUUGUAACCAUCUACGUGGGAACUGUCAAAUAUGGCUGUGUCCCUAGGACUCAGAAGUUUGUCAGGCAGAUUCAGGUGAAUGAAAUUGUGUGUGUGGAGGGUGGACUGUUAUCUCUACAGUUUGAAAUAAACCAGACAAACUUAA